AUCAGCUCAGGCUUGCAGCAAUCCAACAUGGAGUAGCAGCGCGAGAGGAGAUGGGGCUCUAGCGGGGCCACCCCACGGCGACAACGACGCGCUUUCUCACGCACAACCGGAGCUGCAGUCGUGUCGGUGUCUCCUUUUUGGAGGCGGGGUGGAGGUAUUUGACAACAACAACAACAACAACAGAAACGACGGGACAACGCGACCUGGCUGGAGGAAGAAAGGAGGGGGGGGGGUUGUCGGGACGACUAGCGCGGUUACCUGCUGGCCUGCCUGGCGGCGAUGGGCCACUAGAAAGUUGGAGGAUCGGAAAGAAGAAGGAGGAAAAAAAUAGGUGGGGGGGGGGGCGACCCAAAAGCAGCUGGAGGAGGAAGGGGGGGUGACACACACACACACACACACACACUGCACGUACACAAACACACAAAAAAACACUUGGAGGAUUUUUCUUAUGCGGGAUUUAUGGACGAUGACGAGGCUGAGGAAUGCUACGUGAGCUGAGGUGAAGAGAGAAAAUGAUAGAAGAAACACACCCUAACGAUGACAGCUACAUCGUGCGUGUGAAAGCAGUGGUGAUGACGCGGGACGACUCGAGCGGAGGCUGGCUAGCGCAGGACGGGGGCGCUCUCAGCAGGGUGGGGGUCUGUCGCCUACGACCCACCGAGCUACCCCCAUUGCCACCCUCCGGAAGCUCGCAGUUCCUCAUCCGGGGCGAGCGGCUGCGGGACAAACAGGUGAUCCUGGACUGUCCACUGAGGAAAGACUUGGUGUACACUAUAGCAACGCCCACCUUUCACCACUGGAAGGUGGAGGACCGAAGGUGUGGCCUGGGCUUCCAGGGUCCAGCUGAUGCAAGGGCGUUCGACAGGGGGGUGCGGAAAGCCAUCGAGGACCUGGCAGAAGGUUCGACCACCUCCUCUACAGCACUCCAGAACGAAGGCGAGCUGGGCGACGACGACGUCUUCACGAACGCCACCGACAGCUCAUCCAACUCCUCCCAGAAGCUGGAGAGCUGCCUGCAGCCGCUCGAGUCUUCUCCUCUUCCGCAGAGACACAGGCCCAUGCUGGGAUAUCGUCACAACCUCCACGACACCUAUCGGCUUUCAGACCACUACUUAUUGGACCAGCCUCUGUCUCGACUUCCCCAUGUCACCUUCCAAGAGGAUGAGGAAAUCGUCCGCAUCAACCCACGGGAGCGUAUCUGGGAGCAAGCCAGCGAUCGACUGCACGUGCGGCCGUCAGAUCGCUCCUGGCUCACGGGCUACGAGGACUACCGACACGCCACGGUGCGUGACAAGUUCAUCCAGAUGGAAGAUUCUGAAUCCUAUGUCCAUUUUGCCAAAACGGAGACGCAGAAGCACGACUACACCUAUCCCCUGGCGCCAGCCCUGUCGCCCUCAGACUCUGACCCAGCCUUAGGACCCUUUCCCAGUAAGGGCCACGGCGGGUCGUAUCGCCAAGGCUUCCCUGUGGUCUCCACCCAGCCUCGUUCCUUUCUGCCAAGCUCCUCUCCGUCCACCAAUGGCGGGAAGGAACGCAAGAAGGAUGGACUGGAGCGCGCUCAGUGCGAGCAUUGCGGCGAAGGCUUUUACAUCUCCGAAAACAGGAGGGGCCGGUGCCAGGAUGCUCCGGACCCCGUGCGGGGCUGCAUCCAGCGGGUCAGCUGCAUGUGGCUGGCAGACACCAUGCUAUACCACUGCAUGUCCGACCCGGAAGGGGACUAUUCGGACCCCUGCUCCUGUGACGGGGGUGAGGGUGGCAGAUUGGGCACCCGCUGGUUAGCCCUGCUGGGCUUAUCCCUGGUGGCUCCCUGCCUCUGCCUUUACCCGCCCCUUCACGCUUGCCAUCGGGCGGGGCUGGCUUGCGGCUGUUGCGGAGGCCGACACAAGUCCCUGAGCUGAGCCUCCCGGUUCAGAAACCCUUCAGAGGAAAUGGAAAAACCAUAACCCAACGCAAGCACAGUCAAGGACUUGAGGAGGACAAAAACGGAGGGGCUACAGCUCUCUCUGCCGAUAAGCCAAAAAAUGUAAAACAAAAACAAAAAAAGAAACGGUCUGUGCAUUUUCUAAGCACGGCCUGGGAAGAUAAGCUCCCCCUAAUGGCAGACAGAUCUCUCGUCUUUCUACGUGGCAAUUUCAGUGCUCCGUUUUUGGCGAGACAAAGAGAGAGCACUCAGGGGGCCUUUUUUUCGUUUGUUUUAUAGCCGACCUAUAUGUAUCACAUAUGCAGGUACUUUAUACUUUGUACACUGACUUGGUAUCAAAGAACUUGAAUUAUUUUCUCCUGGUUCUAGUCUUUAUGCUCCUAUUUCAGUAUCACGUCACACUUUCAAUGAAGACACUACAACUCUGCAUGCGUGGGUGAAUGGAUGAGUGGAGUGAAGUUCACGUACUAGUCCUCCUCCUAAUCAAACAUCCCAAAAAUGUUACUUUUCAAAUCUAUUUAUUUAACAACAGAGAAAAGAUGCUGGUUUGUGGUUCAGUCACUAACAAACGAGACGGUGCCUCCAUGCUCUUUUCCGACGACUAUUCCAAUCGGUGCCUCAAAUCACCAAAAUCGGGAACUCUUGCCAUUCUUUGAAUUCCUUUCCACCAGUUUGUGUCACUGUUAGCAGCGCUGCCAGUCUUGCCUUAACCACCCAGAGCGUGAGACGCCCCAAAUGAAGAUGUCCGUCAUGGAAUUCAUACCAAGCGCGGUUACAUCUAAAAGCAAUCGGCCGCAUAAACUCGGUUUGAACUCCCCCGUUAAAUACAAGCUCUCAGUAAGACUUACCUGCGACGUACAAUCGGCUCCUGUGUGCAAAGCCAGCGGUCACACCACUGGAGCAGCUAACAGGAAUCCAAACAAACUGAAUUUUCACGCUUUUGGAGGUCCGGACGGCCCAACAGUAACCAGAGAAUCAUCCUUUUGUUGUGCAAUGCUUAAAUCAUUUUUGCUUGGUUUUCUGUGCCUAAAAAUACAGGCUAUUAUUGUCUAUAGAUGUUCUCAUUCAUCCAGGUCAUUGAAUUCUCAGGGGAAUUAUAUCGAUCACAACUGUACUUUUCGGUUUGUCUUGGAAGACGUUUCGCUUCCCAUCCAGAGGCGAAACGUCUUUUAAGACGAACCAAACAGUUCAGUUGCGAUUGAUUGAAUGCCCUGAGAAUACAAGCUACUGCACGCACUGGAGGCGGUUGAUCUCACUUUUCGUUACUUUUAAGAACAGGACGUUUCCCAGCAAAGUCAACAAUGAAUCCCUUAAUUACCUACCUAUCCUAAUCUGAAUCCCAAAAAAAACACGCUAAGCACUAUGCUAAGCGAUGCUAGCUUUGCGUUAUGCUAGGCCCUAAAACAAAUAUUUCACUAUUCGUUUUAACACCAGAUUAGUAUAUUAAAGUCAAAGUACUGAAAACCGUUUGAUCUGUGACUGAUUUUUUUUUUCUAAAAAGGCAAGAUAUUUAUAGCAUCCCGUUUCGAAAAGGACAAGGAUGUUUUUUUUUCCGAAUAAACAGCUGAAGUCCGGGAAACAAACCUCCCAAUGUGAUUGUUGUGCCAAGGAAAUGUCACUUACUGUAGUCAAAAUCCAGAAUGCCUGAGGAUGUCCUUUUUCCUUCUGUGGUCGCAUCCGUCUCACGCAUCCUGUCCUGUGCCCCACUUUGUGUAUGUCCUUGACAAGUGUGUGUGUUUACACCACAUCCCGUUCCCCGUCUGAUCCUGCAUCCACUGUGUCUGUGGGGACAAAAUGAAGAUGGCGUUACAUCCAGUUGAUUCCUGCGCUUCAGCGGUGUCGACUAUCAGCGAGAAAGACAAUCAGAUUGGAAAGUGUGUUUGUGGGUUUUUGGGGGUUUUUUGCGUCCGGUGUUUGUGUGUCCUUUCAGAGCCAAUUUACAAGUGCCUGAACGCAUCCUCUCUAUCUCUGUUGUGUAUUUAAGUUGACAAAUUCCGACAAAAAAAAAAGAAAGACUCCUCGUAAUGAAUUAGGCCCAUUUUUUUACGCUUAGUAUUUUUACCGCUGUAAAAAAAAAAAAUAAGAGCAAAAAUUAUAUUAUAUAUAUCAAGUGUAUGUUGUACAUUUUUAUUUCUAUAUUUUUUAAUAACUGUUUCUAACACAUACGAUGGAUGUAGCUCUUGCUUUUGAGAAGGAACAGGAAGUACUUUGUAGAUAGCGAGUGGUGGG